CUGACUCGUCCAGUCGGUGGUACACGCGGUCCGCGCCGGUCCAACUCCCUUAGUGAAACGCACGCGCCGCUCCGCGCGCACAAGUUUCCCCUCGGAAAAAUCUCAUCGCGCCGACAUAUUCGAAACCGUUGCCUCCCCCGAGUGCGGUGCGCUCCCACUUACCCGUCACUGUUUGUUUCGCGUUCUCGUUCUCGUUUUUUAUCUAUUUAUUUAUUAAUUUUCUUACCGUUUCAUUUGCUCCCUUCGUCCGGCAGUGGACAGCAGCGAUUCGCUCGUCGUCGGCGACCCGUUGCUAGUCCCAUACGAGUCGCACACGGGUACGCGCCCGCGCGUGGAUACGUUGCGGACAGCGUCCCGUACAUGAGCUCGUCGCGCGUAGCCAGCAGGUGGCCGCUGAUCGCUACGCUGGCCAUCAUGUCCGUCGCGGUCUUCGUGGCCACCGUCGCGUGGGCAACGGUGAUCGGUUCCCAAACGAUGUCCACCAAAUAUCUUGUUGACCGGGUCACCACUGUGUCAAUUAACGACACCGCACCCGCACUCGUCGCUGGAUUUAAUUUGCGGUCCGACGAAACGCAGAAUAUAUCUAUGGUUCCUGAAUUUAUUAGAAAAAAAUCAUCAUACCUGGAUUUGCAGGACACUAGCCGAUUUGAACGGGAUUAUGUUAAACCAGUAAAGUCAAUUUCUGAAACGUUACAUACACACGAUAUUCUCUAUGGUGGUGAUCAAAAUAAACACAAUGAAAAAAUACUUACUAAACACCAUUCUGGACAGUACCGGCACAAUACCGCAUUUAUUUGGGACCCUCACCCACAGUAUAAAUUUACAGCUUUUGGACAUUUAUUUCAUUUGGUGCUAUCUCAUGAUUCAAAAUUUGUUUCGCCUGAUAUCAAAAUUACUCAUAUGAAGCAAAAUAUCACUUGGCGAGAAUCACCCAAAGUAAAAGUGGAUGGAUGUUUUUAUUCAGGAAAUGUAAUUGGAGAACCAAGUUCAGCCGUGACUGUGAGCCUUUGUAAUGGAAUUACCGGGUACAUUCGCACUGCUACUGGUAAUUACUUCAUAGAACCCUCAGAGACAAUAAAUGACCACGUGACUCCGACGUUACACACCAUUUACCGUGCUCGUCCGUUGGCCGAUGGUAACGAGUUACCCGAACAAAUAGAAAAACCUUAUCAACACGAGCAAAAUUGCGGAGUACAAGACAAUAAUGUUAAAAACGAUAUAGACACAAUAAACGAUGAGAGCAGUACGGAAGUAAAAACGAUGUCAGAAACUAAUGCAAGUAGUUCAACAGAAAACGAUAGAUUUUUUAGUUCUAACGAUAAACCGUUAAUACCGAAAUCCAGGAAGAAAAGGUCAUUGUCUUCAGAAAACGUUGUAGAACUUAUGAUUGUUGCGGACAAGAAAAUGGCCGAUUAUCACGGGGAGGAGCUGCACAGUUACAUUCUCACUCUCAUGUCGAUCGUGUCGAAAAUUUAUAAAGACAAAAGCAUAGGAAACCCAAUGCACAUAGCUGUUGUUAAGCUGGUCGUCUUGAGGGAUAUCCAUUUUGCCGAAAACCGAAACCGUAUGGGUGGCAUUGUGGCCGCGGAUAUGUUACAAAAAUUUUGCGAAUGGCAAACGUAUCACAACGAUGAGAACGAUUCCAGCGGAAACCACCAUGAUGCAGCUAUACUAUUAACCAGGGAACACGUCUGUCGACAUCAUAAUCAGAAAAAAUGUGAUAAUACCCUUGGAUUAGCGCAAUUAGGUACUAUGUGUAAAAUUAAUAGUUGCGCAAUUGUACAGGACAACGGUCUGAGCGCUGCGUUUACAAUUGCUCAUGAAUUGGGACAUGUGUUGAAUAUGCCUCACGACAAUGACGCUAAGUGUAAAGAUUUCGAAGGUAUUGAUAAAAUGAGUCAUGUCAUGUCGAUAAAGUUAAGUCAAGACACCCAUCCAUGGACCUGGUCAGUUUGUAGUCGACAUUUUUUGACAGAGUAUUUGGAAGCUGGUAAUGGUAAAUGUCUUCAAGAUGAUCCCAGCACGGAUUACCUUCAAAUCGAAAACCAGAGAGAUAAAAAAUAUUUACCCGGUGAAAGCUAUUCGGCAGAUAAACAGUGCGAGUUGAUUUAUGGUUCUAAAUCAAAAAUAUGUUCCUACAUGCCGGUAUGUCAAAAAUUAUGGUGUACAACUGGAUCUGAGGAGAAGGAUGGUUGUAUUACCCAACACAUGCCAUGGGCUGAAGGUACAAAAUGCUGGGACGAUAAAAAAUGGUGUCAGGAAGGAAAAUGUGUACCUAAAGACCGAGAAUUGUUAAAACCAGUCGAUGGUGGCUGGGGACCUUGGCAACCUUACGGUGAGUGUACGAGAACAUGUGGGGGAGGUGUAAGGAGAAGUUUCAGAGAAUGUACCGAACCAUCACCAUCAAAUGGAGGAAAAUACUGCAUCGGAAAACGCGUUAGAGUACGAAGCUGUGCAACGAAUGACUGUCCACCGGGCACUCCAGAUUUCCGAGGUGAACAAUGCGCGAUGUUUAACAACAACAACUUCGAUAUACUAGAUCUCGAGUCGAACGUCCAGUGGUUACCGAAAUAUGGAAGCUACGAAAACGAGCGGUGCAGACUAUUCUGCCGCGUGGCCGAGUCAACCGCGUACUAUCAGCUGAAGGACAACGUGGUGGAUGGGACGCCGUGCGAACCGGACAAGUACGAUAUAUGCGUGCACGGCGUGUGCCAGAAAGCCGGCUGCGACCACGUGCUUAACUCGGACAGGCAGCUGGACAUGUGCGGCGUGUGCGGCGGCAACAACUCCAGCUGCAAACAGGUGUUCGGCCGGUAUAAUACCUCGCAACAGGGAUACUCGAAGGUGCUGCGCGUGCCGGCCGGCUCCUCCAACCUGGACAUCCGGCAGCACGGGUACAACGGUUCCAGCAAGGACGACAAUUAUUUGGUGCUAGUGGACAGCGUCACCGGCGAGUACAUACUUAACGGCAACUACGUGCUGAGCAUGUUUAAUAAGGUCAUCGAGUACGGCGGCAUCGCGAUCGAGUACAGCGGGUCGGACGUGCCGGUCGAACGGAUCAACUCGUCCAAACCGCUAAACAAAGAUCUGAUCGUCGAGUUGUUGUCAAUGGGAAAUUUGUACGUUCCGGAUAUUGAAUACCAAUACACCGUGAUGUCAGAUGAACGGGAUGUCUUCGUAUGGGAGCAGACCGACAGAUGGGAACAGUGCGAUCAAAUUUGCUCAGGCGAACAGACGCGGAUCAAUGUGUGUAUUAACAAAGAAACCGGUGAAGAAGCUCGAGGUUUUUGCAACGAUCAGACCGCACCCCGUCCGCAAAAACAACCGUGCAAUAUGCAUUGUACUACCAAGUGGAAGUCUAUAAGCCAGACCGAAUGUUCGGCUCAAUGCGGCCCAGGAACACGAACUCAAAGCGUCGCGUGUGUUCAGGAAUCUCAGAAAGCAGUAGUUUUCCAGCUGCCGGAUUCAAAGUGCUCUCAUUUGCCGAAACCUCCAGACACUAUUGUUUGCAUCGGACAGUGUUUAGAAUCAAAGUGGUCAUUUACAGAAUGGACUCCUUGUUCGAAAACCUGUGGGUCAGGCGUUCAAUACAGAGAGGCACAUUGUGUUAAUGACAAUGGGGAAUCCAUGGAGGAAUCAUCGUGUAAUGAUAGUGAGAAAAUCGUUUUAAGAACAUGUGGGACAGAAAAAUGUCCUCAAUGGUCUGUUGGAGAAUGGUCAUCAUGCUCAGUAACUUGUGGUGAAGGGCACAUGGAGCGUUUGGUGUCGUGCCGUAUGGAAAAUGGUAGAGUAUUAGCUUCAGAAUACUGCGGUACAAACAUGCCGGCCACUAAAGAAUCCUGUAAAAUGAAACCAUGUCCCAAUUGGACAACUGGUCUUUGGUCCUCGUGUUCUGUUACUUGCGGUGUUGGAUUCGUAAGACGUUCAGUGAAAUGUAACAUACCAGAUAUAACGGCGUGUGAAUCGAUUGAAAAACCGAUCGAAGAAGAAAAAUGCUUUUUACCCCAAUGCUUGGACGUCGACGAUCAUCGACAUGGAAACGAAAUAUCUACCAAAUACAGUGCACACGAUAAGAACUCCAUACAAAGCAAUAAGUUUUACACGUGGCGAACAGAACCCUGGUCCAGUUGUUCGGCGUCAUGCGGAAACGGUUAUAAACGACGGCGUUUGGAUUGCGUGAAUACGAGCACGGGCAAGCCGGUGGCGUGGAAUCUUUGCAAGUCCAAGAACCAACCGAAAAACGUCACGGUGUGUAUCGCACCUGUAUGUGUCACGUGGUACGCUGAUAAUUGGAAACAGUGUUCGGCCGAAUGUGGCAAAGGUUUCGAAGAACGCGAGGUGACUUGUGUGUCGAUGGUGAGCGGUAAACCUAUGGACGAAUCGCACUGCGCGGUACAAGAAGAAAAACCCGAAUCCCGAAGGUCGUGUGAAAGCCACAGAAGUUGUCAGCCAGUUUACACUUGGAGAACAGGACCUUGGGGAGAAUGUUCAGAAGUGUGUGGAGGUGGGGUGAAGGAGAGAAAAGUUGUCUGUCAACCUUUCGAUGGACCGAGAAAAUUAUUGGACGAAGAAAUGUGUGUGGAACACAAACCGGCGUCUUCUAUGUCGUGCAACGAACAACCCUGCAACAACGGUCAACAACCUGCGUACAUUACAUUGGUUUGGAACUUCGGGGAGUGGUCAAAGUGCAACGUCACGUGCGGCAGUGGACACCAACACCGACAGGUGCAGUGCCAAAACAACGAGGGAACACUACUGGCGGCGGAGCAAUGCGAAGGGCUCGAGAAACCGGCCACUGUGCAACCGUGCCGUACGUCCACACCGUGCGCGGCCACGACCCCGUCGCCGUCCGCGGUCCGCACAUACACUUGGAAAACGUCCAAGUGGUCGGCGUGCUCGACCACCUGCGGACCGGGCGUCCACACCAGACGCGUGGUGUGCAGGCGCUACAACAAGGACUCAUCGUGGAGCGACGCGGUGGCCGGCGCGAUGCGCUGCGUGACCGCUGUGGGUCCGCCGCCGGCCGCGCGGAAGGCGUGCGUCGACCAACCGCCGUGCGCGUCGACGACAGUGUCCACCACCAUGGCCGCGCCGCCCGCGUUCGACGAGUACGGUUGGAUAUCCGAUGAGUGGCGCGAGUGUUCACACGCCUGUGGGAAAAAGGGUCAGCAGACCAGACAGGUGCACUGUUACCGCAAAACGAACGUCGUCAAGAGGGUACACCGGAGAUACUGCGAUCUGGCCACCAAGCCUCGCAAAAACCGGAAGUGCAACCGGCGCCGGUGUGCCGGGUACACGUCGUGCGCCCACGUGCUGCGCAAACAGUCCUUACAGGAACUGACUCCACAAGUGGACAAGGAUUACGUGCUUAACGUGCUCGGCCAUAACGUGUCCAUUUACUGCCACGGCAUGAGGUCCGGCAAGCCCGCGGAGUACCUCAGCCUAUCUAAGGAAAAUGAAAACUUUUCCGAAAUCUACGAACACAGACUCAGAGAUCCAAGCACAUGUCCUUUCAACGGUGAACGCCGUCAACCUUGUCCAUGUGAUAACGGAUCUGUACCCUCGUCUGGAUGGACCGUGUUUCAAAAGAUCCGUUUAAACAUCACCUCGUUAAGAAUUGACGCCAACGACUUUACUUUUUCAAAACAAAUUAAAGGCAAACCCGUACCGUACGGCGAAGCAGGUGAUUGUUAUAGCAAAUCGAAAAGCGGUUGUCCGCAAGGCAGAUUUAGUAUCGACUUGACGGGUACUGGAAUGAAAAUAUCACGAGAUACCACUUGGGUGGGCAAAGGGUCGAACACGUCAAUUUGGGUAAAAUAUUUAGAGGGAAACACGAAAAUAACUGGUAAAUGUGGUGGUUAUUGUGGCACGUGCGUACCCAGUCAAGGGUUGAUGUUGGACUUCGUUACACCGUAAAAAAACCGAAUUACAUUAUCCGACCAAUAACUAUCGAGCCAGCAGGGAUCGCCAUGCACAGUUUUCGCAGUUUCUACGCAUACGUCGAACCGAAAACAUUGCAUACUCACCUAACUAACAUGCAAAAAAAUGUAUUCAUAUUUCACAUUAUAACUUUAGUAAAAAGAACGGUCACCUAAUCGGGUCAUCGAAACGUGGAUGCUUGCAGUAGAAUAAUUACAUUGGACUUGGACACAUUUUUAUUUUUCAUUAAUUAACAAUUUAUUAUUCUUUCCUUUUAUUUUAAUUAUUUAAUCAUAAUAUUACUCGUAAAGACUAUAUACGGCAAGCCAUUGAUAUCCAAUACUAUUAUUAACCAACCAUGAUUUUUAUUUGGACAGCAAAAGUAUUUUUAUAACAAUGAAAACAUUGUUAUCAGUCCAUUUACCGAUCAUAUUUGGUAUAUUACAUUGUUUAACGUUAAAAAGAUAGUUAAUAGUUUGGAACUCAGGCGAUUUAGAAAACACAUUACUAAUUACACUCUAUUCAUAAUAUACGUGCGCCAACAACGCUAAUUUUACACUUUGAAACUAUCAUGCCAUUAAUUUCGUUUUUACUAGCAUUUUUAUUUUGCAAAGUUGAUAGUACCUAUUUAAUUGUAUAAAGUGUACAUUUUUACUGGCGGAUUUGCAACACUGUUUUCAAUUAUAUUUUGUACAAUCCUUUUAUAGUUAAUCGAAUAAGCAUAUUAGUUAAAAUGUAAUAUUAUAAUUUUCUUUAAUAACUAGUUAAGUUUAUUAACCAUGUAACGAUGAGUUUAACGAGUUUGCAUUUAGUCAAAUUAUUCAAAGUCGGUAUAUGUGUGUUCAAUUUAAUUUAAUUUUGUAUAUUUUGUAUGUUAUUAAAUAAUAAGUGAGUAUAAUAGGUAUGCUACAACCAUAAUAAUAACGAGAAGGCCUAGUAUUUGUAUUUAUAAAUGGUCAGUAUUAGAAACACUAUUUUAAUCUGAUACGAACAAAGACUUCCUUUUUAUUUUAUUAUCACUAUUUUAUUUAUUUUAUGAUUACUUUUUUUUUUAUUUUGAUCUCUAGUCAUAACAUUUUCAUGGUUAAACCACAUUAACAUAAUAUAUACAUGCAUAUAAAUAUAAUUACCUAUUUAAAU